AGGACAGGAGAGGAGAGGAGAGGAGAGAGGACAGUAGAGUAGAGUAGAGUAGAGGAGAGGACAGAAGAGGAGAGAGGACAGUAGAGGAGAGAGGACAGUAGAGUAGAGUAGAGGAGAGGACAGGAGAGGAGAGAGGACAGUAGAGGAGAGGAGAGGAGAGGACAGGAGAGGAGAGGAGACAAUAGAGCAGAGGAGAGAGGACAAUAGAGGAGAGGAGAGAGGACAGUAAAGAAGAGUAGAGGACAGUAGAGUAGAGGAGAGGAUAGUAGAGUAGAGGACAUUAAAGGAGAGGAGAGGACAGUAGAGCAGAGGACAGUAGAGGAGAGGAGAGGACAUUAAAGGAGAGGAGAGGACAUUAAAGGAGAGGACAGUAGAGUAGAGGAGAAAAGACAGUAGAGGAGAGGAGUCCACUGACUGUCAAUGCUUUGUGCUCAAACCCAGCUCAGUACUCACUGAGUAGCAGUAACAAUCUCCACCCAAAUAAACAUAACAUCUCCUGACAACAGACUAUCAAGGCCCACUGUUGCAGCUGAACACAAAGGUCCACUCUCUGGCUCAGGUUGCAAUGCCUGGGAUUGGAUAAGGAGGUUGCAGGACACCUUUUCACUUUUCACAACACUUCCAGCGUGCAGUUCCAUGGGUCUCACCCUCAUUGACACCUCACACCUUCAGGCCUGACUGUCCACAUUAACCACAUACUGUUUGCUCCUCAUGUGUCACAGCUAUUUCAGUAGCCCCUGGCUGCAACCAUCACAUAGACAACACAUAGAACAUAUACAAACGAUAUAUAUAUAUAUAUUUCACCUUUAUUUAACCAGGUAGGCCAGUUGAGAACAAGUUCUCAUUUACAACUGCGACCUGGCCAAGGUAAAGCAAAGCAGUGCGACACAAACAACAAAACAGAGUCACACAUGGGAUAGACAAACAUAUAGUCAAUAACACAAUAGAGAAAUCUAUAUACAGUGUGUGCAAAUGUAGUAAGAUUAGGGAGGAAAGGCAAUAAAUAGGCCGUAGUGGCGAAAUAAUUGCAAUUUAGCAUUAACACUGGAGUGAUAGAUGUGCAGAAGAUGAUGUGUAAGUAAAGAUACUGGGGUGCAAAGGAGAAAAAAAAUAACAAUAUGGGGAUGAGGUAGUUGGGCGGGCUAUUUACAGAUGGGCUGUGUUAAGGUGCAAUGAUCGGUAAGCUGCUCUGACAGUUGAUGCUUAAAAUUAGUGAGGGAGAUAUGUCUCCAGCUUCAGUGAUUUUUGCAAUUUAUUCCAGUCAUUUGCAGCAGAGAACGGGAAGGAAAGGCGGCCGGAGGAGUUGGCUUUGGGGAUGACCAGUGAAAUAUACCUGCUGGAGCGCGUACUACAGGAGAUUGUGAGUGUCACUAAAGAUGUCCGAUAGAGUCGAUAUUGAAGAGAAACCGCCAGCCCCUCCCUUGAGAAUGAACAGUAGUCCCCGAGACUCUUCAACAGUGAAUCACGGCUCCAAACCUCUCCCAAUGGCUCCUGAGGAGAAGAACAAGAAGGUCCGCCUGCGCUCCAUCUUCCCUGGAGGAGACAAGACGAACAAGAAGAAGGAGAAGGAGCGUCCUGAGAUCUCCCUGCCCUCAGACUUUGAGCACACCAUCCAUGUUGGCUUUGAUGCUGUUACAGGGGAGUUCACUGGCAUCCCAGAGCAGUGGGCGCGGCUCCUUCAGACCUCCAACAUCACCAAGCUGGAGCAGAAGAAGAACCCUCAGGCCGUGCUGGACGUGCUCAAGUUCUACGACUCCAAAGAGACGGUCAACAACCAGAAAUACAUGAGCUUCACCUCCGGAGACAAGUCAGCACAGGGAUACAUAGCAGCCAACACUCUGAACCGACUGCUGUCGCCUGGGCCUCCUGUCAGCCAUAGAACCUGCAGUGCAUUAUUUGACAAGGGUGCAAAGACAUCUACAGAGCCCCCUAUAGCACUCCCUGUGUCAGAGGAGGAGGAGGAGGAGGAGGAGGAAGAGGAGGAGGAUGACGAUGAUAACGAUGAACUACCACCCGUCAUCGCACCUCGACCUGAGCACACUAAAUCUAUCUACACCCGCUCUGUCAUCGAGCCCUUGGCGCCUCCCGCCCCUGUGAAGGAGGUCACAACCCCACCGGAGUCCCAGGUCCAGCCGGAGGACACGUCCAGCAGUCUGUACCGCCACACCGAUCGGCAGAGGAAGAAGUCCAAGAUGACAGACGAGGAGAUUCUGGAGCGACUGAGGAGCAUUGUGAGUGUGGGGGACCCCAAAAAGAAGUACACACGCUUUGAGAAAAUAGGACAAGGGGCAUCUGGCACUGUGUACACAGCCAUUGACAUUGCUACUGGCCAGGAGGUGGCCAUCAAGCAGAUGAACCUCCAACAGCAGCCUAAGAAGGAGCUGAUCAUCAACGAGAUCCUGGUGAUGAGGGAAAACAAAAACCCCAACAUAGUCAACUACCUGGACAGUUACCUGGUAGGGGAUGAGCUAUGGGUGGUGAUGGAAUACCUGGCUGGAGGUUCACUGACUGACGUGGUGACUGAGACCUGCAUGGACGAGGGCCAGAUCGCUGCAGUCUGCAGAGAAUGUCUGCAGGCUCUGGACUUCCUGCACUCCAACCAGGUGAUCCACAGAGACAUCAAGAGUGACAACAUCCUGCUGGGCAUGGACGGCUCGGUCAAGCUCACCGACUUUGGGUUCUGUGCCCAGAUCACCCCAGAGCAGAACAAGCGAAGCACCAUGGUGGGCACGCCCUAUUGGAUGGCACCCGAGGUCGUGACCCGUAAGGCCUACGGGCCCAAGGUGGACAUCUGGUCCCUGGGUAUCAUGGCUAUAGAGAUGGUGGAGGGAGAACCUCCCUACCUGAAUGAGAACCCUCUCAGGGCCCUGUACCUUAUCGCCACCAACGGGACUCCAGAGCUGCAGAACCCUGAGCGUCUGACCUCCGUGUUCAGAGACUUCCUCAACCGCUGCCUGGAGAUGGACGUGGACCGCAGAGGCUCAGCCAAGGAGCUCCUCCAGCAUUCAUUCCUGAAGUUAGCCAAGCCCCUGUCCAGCCUGAGCCCUCUGAUUGUAGCAGCCAAGGAGGCCAUAAAAAACAGCAGCCGCUAGAGGGCGCCAUGUGUCCACACACAGAGCUGGACCCUGCUCCAUGGUGUUGUGUGACAGACAGACAGCACAAGGACAGACCAGUAACCA